AUGGACCAGCUACCGACGACAUUAAUCGACCUGCUGUCAAACUCGAUCAUUCUACGACAAACGAUCCCAUACUUGCCAAUCAGAGAACUACGCCGUCUGACUCUCACAUCAAAAGCACUACGAGAACUGUUAUACAGCAGUCCGGACGCAUGGCGACAUCUGAACUUGACCACGGUACGGCGAGCGAUCAUCGAUAGCUCACCCAUCGAUGUUGGGGGAAUGUCGUGGAGAGCAGAAAGAAUGGACGAAUCCCUGACUGAAGACGACUUCUAUGCUGGACCUCUACGUGGAAUUCUCGGUAGUCUCCAUUCCAAACAGGUCCUGAAGCACGUCUCAACUCUCAUCCUGGAUGGAUUGAGUGUUCCGGCUGACCUUGUUCGAGAGAUCAUAUCUGAAGAUCGCUAUCGAGUGAGGAUCCUCAGUGUUCGAGAAUGCAAGAACUUGAAUUUGUCGAAGCUGCAGCAGGUUUUACGCUAUGUUACGAGACCUACGCGAGCGGAGGGUACGCCCGUUCUUCAAGCCAUGUACAUCUUUGGACCAAAAGAUGGACCUCAAUUGAAGAAGGCCAUCCAAUUACCAGACUCAAGUCCAUCACUAGGAGUCAUGGGAUUGCAGGGAGCUCAAAUUGGCGCAGAAUGGAAUCAACGGUCCUCGGAAGUUCUCCACUCCACCAUGUCAGAUGAGCAAAGCAAAUGGUACGGCUGCACCGGUCGAGCAAUCAGACGGCCGCUUUCAGAUUGGGCAGAGACCUUGACCGUCUGCAAAGACAUCAUCAGUUUCGACGCUGUGCUCUGCCGAGGACCCCGCCACGACAUCACGAAAGUCUCAAGCGAAGACUUCCUCCAACCAAGCAUCGCCACAGUAGCAUUAGGGCCCAGCGGCUGUGAAAGCUGCAAAACCACCCCAGAAAUUCCAGCAAUAUUUUCUGUGUCGUCAGAUUCCCAUCUUCCUCUCCUCGGACCCGUCCCAAGCCACUCGCCCACCCUCCGCGCAGCCCUGAGGCCUGGAAAAUCAGAAGAUAGCACCUUCCCGAGACUCAUCCUCCGAUGCGAAGAUUGUCUCCGCGGUCGCUGGUGUGAACAAUGUAAUCGCUGGUGGUGUGAAAAUUGUUACCCGGAUCCUGUUUCUCGAGCCCAUACUCGCACGGAAAUGCAGCAAUUGGAACUUCGAGAGGAAUUACAAAGCAAUGGAUGGGUGACAGCGACUACUGAGCCAAAACUCUCGACAAAGGUGGGCGUCCAUCGCGACUGUUUCGAGUGCGGACGGACCUGCGAGCAGUGUAAAAGCCAGGUUAUCAAGAAUUGUCGGCAGUGUCUGGCGGAGUAUUGCUUUCCGCAUGACGAGCAUUGUUCGGAGGUCAAGUGUGGUUGGUGCAAUUAUAUCGGUAGAAGGACUCGCGAGGAGUUCUGA